AGCGGCUUCAGGUUUCAUAAAUCGUGCAGUCAUGUGUCCGCGUGGCUUGAUCUGAGGCACGUGACGUUAAAGAGCGUGGGUGAAAUAGGAGGAUCAAACCCGCAAUUCGUGCGGUUCGUUGUUGUUUAUGAGAAACGAUGCACCGAAGAACUAAAUGGCAUGGCACGUGUGCAC